UUAUGCUGUCAGUCUGGAGCUCUGGUCUCUGCUGGUCAUCGUCACUCCCUGACUGUGUGCACAAAACCGGAAGCACAUGUAACACACCAUGAAUCGCUCAGCAGCCAAGACGACCAUAGAAAUGCCGGCACUAGGGCGCCCAUUCUCGCUGGGGAUGCUGUACGACUGCCGGAAUGAUGAACUUAUCCCAGGUAUCACUUUAUGGAACAGUGAAGCCUUGAGAGAGAAUGUUGCUUUAAAAUCCCAAGAACAAACAUCAUUUGAAAUCAUAACAUCUGACACUGUUUCUGACAAAUCCUCUGCUAUGAAUAUUAAUGCAUCACUGGAGGCCAGUUUCCUUUGUGGUCUGGUAAGCGUUUCUGGAUCAGCUACUUACAUGAACGAUACUAAGAGAUCUAAAAACCAGGCCAGAGUCACUCUAAAAUACUCAAGAACCACAAGGUUUGAGCAGCUAACUAUGAAUCAUUUAGGUACCAAGAACAUGGCUUACCCUGAUGUGUUUGACAAAGGGACAGCCACUCAUGUAGUCACUGGUAUAUUAUAUGGUGCACAGGCUUUCUUUAUAUUUGAUCGUGAUGUGUCCACAUCAGAAAACACUCAGGAUAUACAAGGAACUCUCCAUAUCAUGAUAAAAAAAAUACCGUCUAUUUCAGUUGAAGGGCAGGGAUCUCUGACCAUGAAUGACAAAGAGAAAGAACAAGUUAGCGAAUUUUCCUGUAAGUUUUAUGGUGACUUUGCUCUUGACAGGAACCCAGUAACAUAUGAAGAUGCCAUUGCAAUCUAUUCCAGCCUCCCAAAAUUACUGGGAGAGAAAGGGGACAAGGCCGUACCAGUGAGAGUCUGGUUGUAUCCUCUAAAUAAACUAGACAGUAAAGCCGCCCAGUUAGUUAGAGAUAUCAGUAAGAAUCUUGUCUUAAAAGCUGAAAGUGUUGUCCAGCAAAUGGCGGAAGUGAACAUGCAAUGUAAUGAUCUGAUGAGACAUCCGAUUGCAGAAACCUUCCCAGAUAUCAAGAAGAAAAUCACUAAAUUAAGCGAGCUGUGUGAGCAGUUUAAGCUCAUCUUUCAGAAGCAACUUGUACAAACCUUACCCUCAAUCCGUGGUGGUGGAUUAGAGGAACAUGCACUAGCAGACAUUUUAACCAGUGUAGAACAAUCUCCAUUUGGAAAGGUCCAUAUAGAAGAGUUUUUUAGCCAGAAACAACAGGAACUAAAUGUUGUGAAAACCUACAUGGAAGCAUUGCCAAAUGUCAGAGUUUCAGCAACAGAAUGUGCCAUAAAUGAAGUUGUACUAGAUCACAGGAUUCAGUAUGUAGUGUGCUAUAAUCUGUCUUCAUUAAAUGAAAAGGAUCCAUAUCUAUGUGACAUGAACCACUGGCUCUUAAAUAAUAAAGAUAAAUCAGAAAAUAAUGGUUAUGAAAAAAAUAAAGUCAUACCAUGGUUCAAAGUCACAGACAUCUCCAAAAAGACAAGAACGUUUAUAAAAGUCUAUAAAAAAUUUGCAAUGGUCAAUACAUCUAAUGAUAAGCUUAAAUUUAUUAUCUCAUCAGUCCCAGACCAAAGCAACCCUGGAGUCUCCAUUUACCUGUAUGAUAGUGGUGAGUUAGUGAGUUCUCAGUUUGAACCUCCAGCUAAACCUGACCUCCCUGUUAUCAGAAGUAAGACCCAUGAUAGUAUGGAACUCACUCUCAAGCCUUUAGAUUUUGGAAAGAUGUUUAUAGAAAGCUACAAAAUAGAAUAUAGAUGUGCUGAAGAUGAGAGCUGGAUGACUGCAAGAACAGAAAACAGUAAUGAGGAGGUGACAAUAAAAGGGCUUAAGCCUAACUCAAUAUACGAAAUCAGAUACUCUGCUGUGUGCAUUCCAGGAUGUAGUGACACUAGUGAUGUUCUAAAACAUGUGAGAACCCAUCCAACAAGCCCACCUGAAGCAGUAAAAGUAACGGCUACAUCAUCCACACUAAUUUUACAUUGGAAUGAACCUGCAGUCAUUGGAAAUGGAGUCACAAUAACAGAAUAUAUAGUUGAAUAUAAACAUGAUGUUGAAAAUGGACAGCAAAUUUGGAUUGAACAAAAGACAGAAAAGAAAAAAGAGAAAUAUAUUAUUAAGGAGCUUGAACCAAUGACACCCUACAUAAUCCGUGUGUCAGCUGCAUGUGGGGAUGAUGGACUCAGCGCUCCAAGUCAUGAGAUUAAAGUUUUGACACAUAAAGAGACGGAAUCUAACAUUAAACAUGAACUUCUUAAGAAAAGCAUUUUGCUGAAAGAGGGAAAACCAUCAGUAUAUCAGCUAGCAACUGAUCUCUGUGAAUCUCAGUAUCGACAAUACAGCUUAGGAAAAGUAAAUCAUCUUAAGGCAAAUAAAGUGAUAUUGUUAGUAGGAAGCAAAGCAACAGGAAAGACAAUGCUGAUCAAUGGAAUAGUCAACUACAUCUUGGGAGUGGAUUGGGAAGAUGACUUUCGAUUCAGAAUUGAGGUUACAACUCAAUCAAAAGUUAAGAUUCACACUUCUGUGGUCACAGUAUACCAGAUCAAUUAUGAGGAAGGGUACAAACUUCCUUACAGCCUCACCUUGAUAGACAUCCCAGGAUUUAGGGGUCCUCAAGCAGAGUAUGUCAAAAUGGUCAGGAACUUCAUCUAUGAGUUCUUUACAACUGACCAGGUUGAUAUUGUGGGCUUUGUAGUUCAAGCACCAUUGGAUAAUUUAACAUACAACCAAAAAUUCAUUUUUAAUUCUGUAUUUUCUAUUUUUGGGACUGAGACCAAUAUAUGGAUCCUUACAAACUUCUCAGAUGUAGAGAGACCACCUGUAUUGGAGUCUAUAAAAGUGGCUGACAUUCCCUGCUCAAAGGACAGCAAUGGGGACCCAAUUUACUCCAAGUUUAAUAAUUCAGCUCUGUUUGCUAAUAAUCAAACAAGUGAUAUGAUUUUUAAUAAGAUGUUCUGGGACAUGGGAAAACACUGCAUGGAAACAUUCUUUACGGCAUUAACUCAAAUAAAUAAUAAUAGUCCUAAAAUGUGCAUGGAAGUUCUUAAGGAAAGGAAGGUGCUUGAGGUCACCCUACAGGCUUUACAACUACAGAUUAAGGCUGGGCUGAUAAAACUGGAUGAAAUUAGGAAAACAAAGGAGGCUUUGCAGCAGAACAGAGAGCAAAUGAAAGCCAAUAAAGAUUUUGAGUUUGAGAUAACAGUAACUGAACCAAGGCGGGAAGACAUAACCGAGGAUUGUGUAACUAACUGUCAGCAAUGUAAUUUCACAUGUCACUAUCCCUGUGGAAUUGCAGAAGACUGCAAGAAAGAUAGUUGUGUGGCUAUGACCAAAGGGUAUUGUACAAUAUGCCCUAAUAAAUGUGUCUGGACUGUUCAUUAUGAUCUAAGGUACAGGUGGGUAUAUGAGGAGAACAAAGAGAAGAGAACUUAUGAAGACAUAAAAAAGAUUUAUGCAAAAACUUCUGGAGAGAACUUGACCACAGAAAAAAUAUACCAAGAACUACAGAAUGAAUAUUAUGCAGCCAAUCAAGAGGUGCUACAUCUGAUAAACAAAUCAUUGAACAUCCUGAAACAUCUAGAUGAAAUUUCCUUGAGACCUAACACAAUGACAACCACAGAAUAUAUUGAUCUGAUGAAAAAGUCUGAGAAGCAGGAAGCUAAACCUGGACACCAGAAGAGGAUCCAGUCACUAAGUGAGGUCCUGGAGAAUGCCAUGAUAAUGGAGAAGAUUACAAUGGGUAAACCUUUACUACCAAAGGAAAAGGAAUAUCAUGUUAAAUUUCAAUGUGAUGGAGGUCGCAAAAAUGUGGUUCAAACCUUUUUCAAAACAAUAUGA